AUGAACUAUCAGCGUCUCUUCUUGGGGCUGCUGCUGCUAUGCGCAGUGGCUGCUCUGAGUCCUGCAAGUGCCAAUGGGGCGAAUUCUCGCUACAGGUUAUAUGGAAAUAGACGCGUCGUAGGACGCCACGAGAACGAUGUAGCCGAGGGUCGCCAAAACAUGGACACGUUUUGGGCAAAAUUUGGCAAAACAACUACCACAACUACGACAGCAGCACCAACCACUACCACUAUAACAACUCCACCUGUAACAACUCCACCACCGCCACCACCACCACCUCCACCACCACCUCCGCCACCUCCCCCACCACCACCUCCUCCACCACCACCAACUGUUUUAGACGGUGAUGACAACCAUGAGUUGGAAGGCGAUGAUGAUGAAAAUUUCCUUAUGCAUGCACCCAUGCGCGAACCCGAAUACACACACCAUAAUGAUGGUCAGCAAAGCGACGAUGAGGAGGAUGAUGACGAUAACGAAGUUAGUGCGACAGCAGCUAGCCUGAGCGAAGAUGAUGACAACGAUUCGGAUGAACGUCAAUUCAGAGGUCCCGCAAAUUUAGGCCGGGCUGCCAAUUCCCGUCGACGCCGUGGUCAACGUCGUCGUGGUAUGGGUGUAAAACGCCGCCGUCGUACUGGCAUUAAAAAACGUUUAUCGAAACGACGCGCUCUAAAGCGGAAUAGUAAACGCCGCCAGAUGACUAAGGUUCAAUUGCGUCGCCGUCGCGAGAGGAUGCGCGCCUACAGGAAACGCCUUCGACAAAAACGUGCUUCCAGGCGCAAUAAUGGCUCAUUUCGCCGGCAACGUAACCGCCGCAGAGGUCAUAACCGACUCAGUCGCAAAUCAUCGAAACAGAGUAGGCGACGCCGUCGUCAGAAGAGAUUACGUCGCAGGCUCAGCCGUUUGAGCAAUAGACGUCGUUUGCGGAAAUUCAAAAAGCGAUCCCGUGGACGUAAACGCAUUAUUCGCGUUAAUGUCUGA